CUGGGAUAUUGUAAACAGACUUAAUGAUGCUAUGUUAAACCUUGGCUCAGCCUACCCAAAAAAUGAAGCGUGUUUUCACUCUAUCUGAGAAGUCCUGGCUUGGCUCCUGUCUGCUCUACAAGUGGCAGAAGUCUCUGGGGAAUUACCUGGCUGUGGCUGGACCUGAUAAUUCAGUGAAAAUCUUUGACCGGCAUGGACAAAAGAAGAAUGAACUUAACCUCCCAGGACGAUGUCUGGCAAUGGACUGGGACAAGGAUGGAGAUAUGCUGGCUGUCAUUGCGGACAGAUCCAGCGGAAUCUACCUGUGGGAUGCUAAUGUCAACAAGAGCUCCCAGCUGGACAGUGGCAUGAGGGAUCAGAUGUCCUUCAUCCUGUGGUCAAAGAUUGGAUCUCUGCUGGCGGUAGGAACAUCGAAGGGAAACCUGCUCAUUUACAACCAGCAAACGUCAAGAAAAAUACCUGUUCUUGGGAAACACAGCAAAAAGAUCACCUGUGGCUGUUGGAGCUCUCAGAAUUUGUUGGCGCUGGGUGGCGAGGACAAAGUGGUGACCAUCAGCAAUCACGAGGGGGACACAGUCCGCCAGACGUCUGUGCGCUCUGACCCAGGGGAUAUCCAGUUCUCUGUGAUGAAGACCGAUGAGAGAGCCUCGCCAGGGGAGAGCACAGUCAGCGUGAUGGUUGGGAAGAAGACCCUGUUCCUGUUCAACCUGAAUGAUCCAGACAAUCCUAUUGAACUGGCCUUUCAGCAACGAUAUGGCACCAUCAUUGCCUACCGCUGGUACGGGGAUGGCUACAUCAUGAUUGGCUUCUCUCAGGGCUACUUCGUGGUGAUAUCCACCCACAUCAGGGAGAUUGGACAGGAGCUGUUCCAAGCGCACAACCACAAGGACAGCCUGAAUAGCAUUGCCAUCUCUCAGUCGCUCAACAAGGCAGCCUCCUGCGGGGACAACUGCAUCAAGAUCCACGACCUGACGGAACUGAAGGAGAUGUAUGCUAUUGUGAACCUCGAUGAUGAGACCAAGGGUUUGGAUCAGCUGUCAUGGACAGACGAUGGGCAGCUGCUGGCCAUCUCCACCCAGCGGGGGACCCUACAUGUGUUCCUCACCAAGCUGCCCAUACUGGGGGAUGCGUGUGGCACCAGAAUCGCCUACCUCACCUCCCUGCUGGAAGUCACAGUGGAAAACCAUGUGGAGGGGGAGGCGCCCGUUGCCGUCUCAGUAGAAGUGGAGCCAAAUUUCAUCGCUGUGGGGCCCUACCAUGUUGCGGUUGGGAUGAACAACCGCGCGUGGUUCUAUGGUCUGGGUGAUAAUGGGGUGGAGAAGCUGAAAGACACAGAAUACCUGGGUACAGUGGCCUGCAUGUGUCUCAACUCGGAUUACGCUGCCGCUCUGUUUGAGGGAAAGCUGCAACUGCACAUGAUUGAGGGAGAGGAUCAGGAGGUUCAGGAGGACCGGCAGACUCGUCUGUUCCCAGGUCGAGAUGACAAGUGCCGCAUCACAGCCCACGCUGUCACAGCCGACUUCCUGUUCUACAGCACUGACACGGGUGUGAUCCAGUGCUUCUACAUCGAGGACUGGCAGUACAUCAACGAGUAUCGCCAUGCGGUGGGCGUCCGGAAGCUCUUCCCUGACCCAAAUGGCACGAGGCUGGUCUUCAUCGAUGACAAGAGUGACGGCUUCCUCUACUGUCCGGUGAACGACUCAGUGUUUGAAAUCCCCAGUUUCUCUCCAACCAUAAAAGGAGUUCUUUGGGACAACUGGGCCACGGACAAAAAUGUGUUUGUGGCCUAUGAUGAUGACAAGGUCUAUACCUACGCGUUCCACAAGGACACCAUCCAAGGUUCCAAGGUCAUCCUGGCAGGGGGCACCAAGCUGCCAUUCUCCCACAAGCCCUUGCUGCUGUACAAUGGUGAGCUGACAUGUCAGACCCAAAGUGGGAAGACCAGCAAUGUCAUGCUGAGCACACACACCUUCUUGGAACGCAGCAGCAAGGACAGCGGGUCUACUCAGCUGGGCCACCUGCUCACACAGGCCCUCGUGCUCAGAAGGUUCUCGGAGGCCUGGGAGCUGUGCAGAGCCCAGAAUGAUGCCGACUCUUGGAGGGAGCUGGGCCGGGCCUGCAUUCACCACAUGGAGGUGGAGUUGGCCAUCCAUGUGUACCGCAUGGUUCGUGACGUGGGCAUGGUCAUGUCCCUAGAAGAAAUCAAGGGCAUAGAAGAUCAGAACCUGCUUGCUGGUCACCUGGCUAUGUUCACCAAUGACUUCAACCAGGCUCAGGACAGGUACCUGGCCUCCUCUUGCCCCAUUGCUGCUUUGGAGAUGAGGAGGGACCUCCAGCACUGGGACAGCGCCUUGCAGUUGGCUAAGAGACUGGCACCUGCCCAGAUCCCCUUCAUCUCCAAGGAGUACGCCAUGCAGCUGGAGUUCACCGGAGACUACGUGAAUGCACUGGCUCACUAUGAGAAGGGCAUUACUGGUGACAACAAGUUCCAGGAGCACGACGAGGCCUGCUUCGCUGGGGUGGCACGUAUGUCCAUCCGGAUGGGAGACAUCCGCCGGGGUGCCAACCAGGCUAUCAAGCAUCCCAGCAGACUGCUGAAAAAGGACUGUGGUGCCAUCCUGGAGAGCAUGAAGCAAUUCUCUGAGGCAGCUCAGCUUUAUGAGAAGGGGCAGUACUACGACAAAGCAGCUUCCGUCUACAUCCGCUGCAAGAACUGGGCGAAAGUGGGCGAGCUCCUGCCUCACGUGACCUCCCCCAAGAUCCACCUGCAGUACGCCAAGGCCAAGGAGGCUGAUGGGAGGUUCAAGGAGGCAGCCGCUGCUUAUUCCAACGCUAAGGACUGGGACAACGUGAUCCGCAUUCAGCUAGACCACCUGAACAACCCGGAGGAGGCGGUUCGCGUGGUCCGCCACACGCAGUCCAUUGACGGAGCCAAGAUGGUGGCUAGGUUUUUCCUGCGCCUCAGUGAUUACGCGUCGGCCAUCCAGUUCCUGGUGCUGUCCAAGUGCAACGACGAGGCCUUCCAGCUCGCCCAGCAGCACAGCCAGAUGGAGGUCUACGCUGACAUCAUUGGCUCGGAAGCCACCGUGGAGGAUUACCAGAGCAUCGCACUGUACUUUGAGGGAGAGAAGAAACAUCUCCAAGCGGGCAAGUUCUUCCAGAAGUGCGGCCAGUAUAGCAGGGCCCUGAAGCACUUCCUGAAGUGUCCCAACACGGAUGACAGCCUGGCGAUCGAAAUGGCCAUAGAGACCGUGGGACAGGCCAAAGACGACUCUCUCACAAACCAGCUGAUCGAUUACCUCAUGGGAGAGAGCGACGGAAUGCCCAAGGAUGCCAAGUACUUGUUCAGACUCUACAUGGCGCUAAAGCAGUAUCGGGAAGCGGCCCGUACUGCCAUCAUCAUCUCCAGGGAGGAGCAAUCCGCAGGGAACUACAGAAAUGCCCAUGAUGUGCUCUUCAGCAUGUACAUGGAACUCCAAGCACAGAAUAUCAAGAUCCCAGCAGAGAUGGCCACCAACCUGAUGAUCCUGCACAGCUACCUCCUGGUCAAGAUCCAUGUGAAGAGGGGAGACCAUCUGAAGGGUGCUCGCAUGCUCAUCCGUGUCUCCAACAACAUCAGCAAGUUCCCCUCUCACAUUGUGCCCAUCCUGACAUCGGCGGUGAUCGAGUGUCACAGGGCUGGCCUGAAGAACUCCUCCUUCAGCUUUGCAGCCAUGCUCAUGCGGCCAGAGUACAGGAACAAGAUUGACAUCAAGUACAAGAAGAAGAUUGAAGCCAUGGUCAGGCGACCGGAUACCUCCGAGUUGGAAGAAGACACUGCACCCUGCCCCUACUGUGGCUUCAGUCUGCCUGAGUGUGAGCUGCUGUGUCCUGAGUGCAAGAACAACCUGCCCUACUGCAUCGCUACUGGCCGCCACAUGGUGAAAGAUGACUGGUCUGUGUGUCCCCAUUGUGACUUCCCUGCCCUUCACUCCCAGUUCCUUGCUCUGCUGGAGACUGAGUCAACCUGUCCCAUGUGCUCAGAGCCACUGAGUGCUGUCCAAGUGAAGAGGAUCCCAGACUGCUCCGGCUACCUCCGUCUGGAUGAGCUGGAGCACUGAAUGUCACAGGAAAAGUGCCUGGUCCCGACGCCAGCAGUGUAUUCUGUGGUGUACAGCUGCUGUGUAAAUGCUCUGUAAUAUAGCCUUUUGUACGUGGUGGCGGCAAACUGGUACAUUUAUAUGUUGCCAGUGUUUUCUCUGUUGCUGUGACUGAAAUAUGCACAUCAUUGUGGUAUAUAGUAAACUGACAGCAAGUACUGUAUCUACUAUAUUUACCUAAUAAUAGACCGAGUACUAGCCAUCAGUUCUAGAGUGAACAGAGACUAUCAGUAUCAAAGCUUUUAAUGUGCAGAAAUUUUUUACAGAACAGGGAUUCUUGAAUUAUUGAACCACAAAAAAAUGUGAGCUAGAGAAUGACUUCUGGUAUCAAAUGAUAGGAGCUGGUGUAGUACAUAUUUUUGUGAAAUCAUUCUGAAUGUAAAUACUAGUUGGUAUUGUAUUUUUAAAACAUUUCAGUAAAAAUAUUUACAUUUUCUAAACAAGUCUUUGUAAAACAAAA